AUGACAUGGGAAUACCGAGGGUUAAAAGGGGUUACAAGGGGUUACAGGGGGUUACAAGGGGUUACAGGAAGUUACAAGGGGUUACAAGGGGUUACAAGGGGUUACAGGGGGUUACAGGGGGUUACAUGGGGUUACAAGGGGUGACAGAAGGUGAAAAGGGGUUACAGGGGGAUGCAAAGGAUUAGAGAAACCUUUUGUUUUAACUAGAUCGUUCCGAGAUACUUUUUCUUGGGCUAUUUUGCAUAAAAAUCAAAGUUGAAGAAAUCUCUAAUUUUUUUAUCAAAACGAUGGACUAACCCCUUUGGAAAAAUUCUAAUUUUGCGUUUUUCCAAAACAGUUGUUUUUAUAGUCUUUAAAGGAUUCUUUUUUUAUCUAGAACGUCAGCAAACACUUUUUCUCGAUUUAUUUUUAAUAAAUACAAAGGAUGAAAAAACUUCAACUUUUUGACCAAAAUCAUGGACUAUCCCCUUUGCAAAAAUGCCAAUUUUGUCUUCUUUUUAAAUGCAUGUUUAUAUUGUCUAGAAAGACUUGUUUUCUAACGAGAACGUCACCAAAUACUUUUUCUGGGUGUAUUUAGCAUAAAACGAAACGUUCACAAAAUUUCCAAUUUUUGACCAAAACCAUGGACUAACCCCUUUGCAAAAAUGCCAAUUUUGUGGGUUUUUGAAACCGAUGUUUUUUUUGUUCAGAAAGGCUUGUUUGCUAUAUAAAAAGUCAAAAAUCGUUUUUUCACGGUCUAUUUUCACCAUCUAGGACAUGGGAAUACAGGGGGUUUCAAGGGGUUACAGAAGGUUACAAGGGGUUACAAGGGGUUAAAAGGGGUUACAGCGGGUUACAAGGGGUGACACGGGCUGACAAGGGAUUACAGGCGGUUGCAAAGGAUUAUAGAAACCUUUUUUUUUAACUAGAUCGUUCCCAGAUACUUUUUCUUGGUCUAUUUUGAAUAAAAAUGAACGUUGAAGAAAUCUCUAAUUUUUGAUCAAAACGAUGGACUAACCUGUUUGGAAAAAAUUCUAAUUUUGCGUUUUUCAUAAACAGUUGUUUUUAUAGUACUUUAAAGGCUUCUUUUUUUAUCUAGAACUUUAGCAAACACUUUUUCUGGAUCUAUGUUUGAUAAAUACAAAAGAUGAAAAAACUUCAACUUUUUGACGAAAAUCAUGGACUCUCCCCUUUGCAAAAAUGCCAAUUUUGCCUUCUUUUUAAAUCCAUGUUUAUAUUGCCUAGAAAGGCUUGUUUUCUAACGAGAACCUCACCAAAUACAUUUUCUGGGUGUAUUUUGCAUAAAACGAAACGUUCGCAAAAUUUCAAAUUUUUGCCCAAAACCAUGGACUAACCCCUUUGCAAAAAUGCCAAUUUUGUGAGUUUUUGAAACCGAUGUUUUUUUUGUUCAGAAAGGCUUGUUUGCUAUAUAAAACGUCGAAAAUAGUUUUUUGAGGAUGUAUUUUCACGAUCUACGACAUUGGAAUACAAGGGGUUACAAGGGGUUAAAGGGUGUUACAAGGGGUUACAAGGGGUUACAAGGGGUUACAAGGGGUUACAGGGGGUUACAAGGGGUUACAGGGGGUUACAAGCGGUUAGAAGGGGAGACAGGGGGUGACAAGGGGUUACAGGGGGUUGCAAAGGAUUAUAGAAACCUUUCUUUUUAACUAGAACGUUCCCAGAUACUUUUUCUUGGUCUAUUUUGAAUAAUAAUCAAAGUUGUGGAAAUCUCUAAUUUUUGAUCAAAACGAUGGACUAACCCCUUUGGAAAAAUUCUAAUUUUGCGUUUUUCGAACACAGUUGUUUUUAUAGUCUUUAAAGGCUUCUUUUUUAUCUAAAACGUCAGCAAACACUUUUUCUCGAUCUAUUUUUGACAAAUACAAAAGAUGAAAAAACUUCAAAACGUUUUUGACCAAAAUCAUGGACUAUCAAAUUUUUGCAAAACGAAAAUGCAAAAAUGCCAAUUUUGCCAUCUUUUAAAUCCAUGUUUAUAUUGUCUAGAAAGACUUGUUUUCUAACGAGAACGUCGAAAAAUACUUUUCCGGGUGUAUUUUGCAUAAAACGAAACGUUUAAAAAUUUCAAAUUUUUAACCAAAAACAAUGGACAAACCCCGUUAAAAAAAAUGCCAAUAUUGCCUUUUUUUAAAUCCAUACUUUUUUAUAUUGCAUAAAAAUCAAAAAGGCUUAAUUUUUUCAAAACGAGAACGUCACUUUGGAAAAUACUUUUUCUGUUUUUCGUAAACAGUUGUUUUAUUUUUACAGGCUUCUUUUAAAACGAAACGUUUACAAAACUUUUUUCAAAUUUUUUUAAAUACAAAAGAUGAAAAAACAAUGGACCAAAACCCUGUCCCUUUGCAAAAAUGCCAAUUUUGCCUUCUUUUUAAAUCCAUGUUUAUAUUGUCUAAAAAGGCUUGUUUUCUAACGAGAACGUCACCAAAUACUUUUUCUGGGUGUAUUUUGCAUAAAACGAAACGUUCACAAAAUUUCCAAUUUUUGAAAAAAACCAUGGACUAACCCCUUUGCAAAAAUGCUAAUUUUGUGGGUUUUUGAAACCGAUGUUUUUUUUGUUCAGAAAGGAUUGUUUGCAAUAUAAAACGUCGAAAAACGUUUUUUCACGAUCUAUUUUCACGAUCUAUGACACGGGAAUACAGGGGGUUACAAGGGGUUACAGGGUGUUACAAAGGGUUACAAGGGGUUACAAGGGGUUACAGGCGGUCACAAGGGGUUACAGGGGGUUACAAGGGGUUACAAGGGGUUAAAAGGGGAUACAGGGGGUUACAAGGGGUUACAACGGGAGACAGGGGGUGACAAGGGGUUACAGUGGGUUGCAAAGGAUUAUAGAAACCUUUCUUUUUAACUAGAACGUUCCCAGAUACUUUUUCUUGGUCUAUUUUGAAUAAAAAUCAAAGUUGAAGAAAUCUCUAAUUUUUGAUCAAAACGAUGGACUAACCCCUUUGGAAAAAUUCUAAUUUUGCGUUUUUCGUAAACAGUUGUUUUUAUAGUCUUUAAAGGCUUCUUUUUUAUCUAAAACGUCAGCAAACACUUUUUCUCGAUCUAUUUUUGAUAAAUACAAAAAAAAAAAAACUUCAACUUUUUGACCAAAAUCAUGGACUAUCCCCUUUGCAAAAAUGCCAAUUUUGCCUUUGUUUUUAAAUCCAUGUUUAUAUUGUCUAGAAAGGCUUGUUUUCUAACGAGAACGUCACCAAAUACUUUUCCUGGGUGUAUUUUGCAUAAAACGAAACGUUCACAAAAUUUUAAAUUUUUGGCCAAAACCAUGGACUAACCCCUUUGCAAAAAUGCCAAUUUUGUGGGUUUUUGAAACCGAUGUUUGUUUUUAUUUCAGAAAGGCUUGUUUGCUAUAUAAAACGUCGAAAAUCGUUUUUUCAUAAACGGUUUAUUUUCACGAUCUAUGACAUGGGAAUAACAGGGGGUUACAAUUUUGGGUUUUUAUGUUUUUUUUUUGUUCAGGGGUUACUAUAAAACGGGGUUUUUCACGGUCUAUUUUACAACAAGGGUUACAGGGGUUACAAAGGGGUUACAAGGGGUUCCAAUUGGGUGACAUGGGGUGACAGGGGGUUACAGGGGUUGCAAAGGAUUAUAGAAACCUUUCUUUUUAACUAGAACGUUCCCAGAUACUUUUUCUUGGUCUAUUUUGCAUAAAAAUCAAAGUUGAAGAAAUCUCUAAUUUUUGAUCAAAAACGAUGGACUAACCCGUUUGGAAAAAUUCUAAUUUUGCGUUUUUCGUAAACAGUUGUUUUUAUAGUCUUUUAAGGCUUCUUUUUUUAUCUAGAACGUCAGCAAACACUUUUUCUCGAUCUAUUUUUGAUAAAUACAAAAGAUGAAAAAACUUCAACUUUUUGACCAAAAUCAUGGAUUAUCCCCUUUGCAAAAAUGCCAAUUUUGCCUUCUUUUAAAUCCAAGUUUAUAUUGUCUAAAAAGACUUGUUUUCUAACGAGAACGUCAUCAAAUACUUUUUGUGUGUGUAUUUUGCAUAAAACGAAACGUUUACAAAAUUUCCAAUUUUUGACCAAAACCAUGGACUAACCCCUUUGCAAAAGUGCCAAUUUUGUGAGUUUUUGAAACCGAUGUUUUUUUUGUUCAGAAAGGCUUGUUUGCUAUAUAAAACGUCGAAAAUCGUUUUUUCACGGUCUAUUUUCACGAUCUAUGACAUGAGAAUAAAGGAGGUUACAAGGGGUUACAGGGGGUUACAAGGGGUUACAAGGGGGUUACAGGGGUUAAAAGGGGUUACAAGGGGUUACAGGGGGGUUACAAGGGGUUACAAGGGUUACAAGGGGUGACAGGGCUGACAAGGGGUUACAGGGGUUGCAAAGGAUUAUAGAAACCUUUCUUUUUAACUAGAACGUUCCCAGAUACUUUUUCUUGGUCUAUUUUGCAUAAAAAUCAAAGUUGAAGAGAUCUCUAAUUUUUGAUCAAAACGAUGGACUAACCCUUUUUUGAAAAAUUCUAAUUUUGCGUUUUUCGUAAACAGUUGUUUUUAUAGUCUUUAAAGGCUUCUUUUUUUAUCUAAAACGUCAGCAAACACUUUUCUCGAUCUAUUUUUGAUAAAUACAAAAGAUGAAAAACUUCAACUUUUUGACCAAAAAUCAUGGACUGUCCCCUUUGCAAAAAUGCCAAUUUUGCCUUCUUUUUAAAUUCAUGUUUAUAUUGUCUAGAAAGGUUUGUUUUCUAACGAGAACGUCACCAAAUACUUUUUCUGGGUGUAUUUUGCAUAAAACGAAACGUUUACAAAAUUUCCAAUUUUUGACCAAAACCAUGGACUAACCCCUUUGCAAAAAUGCCAAUUUUGGGUUUUUGAAACCGAUGUUUAUAUUUUUUUUGUUCAGAAAGGCUUGUUUGCUAUAUAAAAAAACGUCGAAAAUCGUUUUUUUCACGGUCUAUUUUCACGAUCUAUGACAUGAGAAUAAACCGGGGGUUACAAGGGGUUAUGACAGGGGGUUACAAGGGGUUACAAGGGGUUACAGGGGGUUACAAGGGGUUACAAGGGGGGGUUACAAGGGGUUACAAUGGGGGUUACAAGGGUGACAGGGGUGAAAAGGGGUUACAGGGGUUGCAAAGGAUUAUAGAAACCUUUCUUUUUAACUAGAACGUUCCCAGAUACUUUUUCUUGGUCUAUUUUGCAUAAAAAUCAAAGUUGAAGGAAUCUCUUAUUUUUGAUCAAAACGAUGGACUAACCCGUUUGGAAAAAUUUUAAUUUUGCGUUUUUCCUAAACAGUUGUUUUUAUAGUCUUUAAAGGCUUCUUUUUUUAUCUAGAACGUCAGCAAACACUUUUUUUCGAUCUAUUUUUGAUAAAUACAAAAAAUGAAAAAACUUCAACUUUUUGACCAAAAUCAUGGACUGUCCCUUUGCAAAAAUGCCAAUUUUGCCUUUUUCUGGGUGUAUUUUUUAAAUCCAUUUUUAUAUUGUCUAGAAAGGCUUGCUUUUUCUAACGAGAACGUCACAAAAUACUUUUUCUGGGUGUAUUUUUUGCAUAAAACGAAACGUUCAAAAAAAAUUUCAAAUGUUUUUGACCAAAACCAUGGACUAACCCCCUUUGUAAAAAAAUGCCAAUUUUGUGGGUUUUGAAACCGAUGUUUUUUUUUUUGUUCAGAAAGGCUUGUUUGCUAUAUAAAACGUCGAAAAUCGUUUUUCACGAUCUAUUUUCACGAUCUAUGACAUGGGAAUACAGGGGGGUUACAAAGGGGUUACAGGGGGUUACAAAGGGGGGUUUAGGGGGGUUACAAGGGGUUACAAGGGGUUACAAAGGGGUUACAAAGGGUGACAGGGGGUGACAAAGGGUUACAGGGGGUUGCAAAGGAUUAUAGAAACCUUUUUUUUAACUAGAUCGUUCCGAGAUACUUUUUCUUGGGCUAUUUUGCAUAAAAAUCAAAGUUGAAGAAAUCUCUAAUUUUUUGAUCAAAACGAUGGACUAACCCGUUUGGAAAAAUUCUAAUUUUGCGUUUUUCGUAAACAGUUGUUUUUAUAGUCUUUAAAGGCUUCUUUUUUUUUUAUCUAAAACGUCAGCAAACACUUUUUUCUCGAUCUAUUUUUGAUAAAUAAAAAAAAAAAAAGAAAAAAAAAAUUUUUCAUUGUCUAGAAAGGCUUGUUUUCUAACGAGAACGUCACCAAAUACUUUUCUGGGUGUAUUUUGCUUAAAACGAAAGGUUCACAAAAUUUCAAUUUUUGACCAAAACCAAAAUCUGGGACUUUCAUUUUGCCUUCUUUUUAAAUCCAUGUUUAUUUUCUAACGAAAACGUCACAAAAUACUUUUUCUGGGUGUAUUUUGCAUAAAACGAAAGGUUCACAAAAUUUCCAAUUUUGACCAAAACAAAAACCCCAAUUUUGCCAAUUUUUCUUUUUAAAUCCAUGUUUAUAUUGUCUAAAAAGGCUUGUUUUCUAACGAGAACGUCACCAAAUACUUUUUCUGGGUGUAUUUUGCAUAAAACGAAACGUUUACAAAAUUUCCAAUUUUUGACCAAAACCAUGGACUAACCCCUUUGCAAAAAUGCCAAUUUUGUGGGUUUUGAAACCGAUGUUUUUUUGUUCAGAAAGGCUUGUUUGCUAUAUAAAACGUCGAAAAUCGUUUUUUCACGGUCUAUUUUCACGAUCUAUGACAUGGAAUAUGGGGUUACAAAGGGGUUAAAACGAAAAAGGGGUUACAAGGGGUUACAAGGGGUUACAAAAACAGGGGUUUAAGGGGGUUACAAGGGGUGACAGGGGUGACAAGGGGGGUUACAGGGGUUGCAAAGGAUUAUAGAAACCUUUCUUUUUAACUAGAACGUUCCCAGAUACUUUUUCUUGGUCUAUUUUGCAUAAAAAUCAAAGUUGAAGAAAUCUCUAAUUUUUGAUCAAAACGAUGGACUAACCAGUUUGGAAAAAUUCUAAUUUUGCGUUUUUCGUAAACAGUUGUUUCUGUAGUCUUUAAAGGCUUCUUUUUUAUGUAAAACGUCAGCAAACACUUUUUCUCGAUCUAUUUUUGAUAAAUACAAAAGAAUAAAAAAACUUCAACUUUUUGACCAAAAUCAUGGACUAUCCCCUUUUCAAAAAUGCCAAUUUUGCCUUCUUUUUAAAUCCAUGUUUAUAUUGUCUAAAAAGGCUUGUUUUCUAACGAGAACGUCACCAAAUACUUUUUCUGGGUGUAUUUUGCAUAAAACGAAACGUUUACAAAAUUUCCAAUUUUUGACCAAAACCAUGGACUAACCCCUUUGCAAAAAUGCCAAUUUUGUGGGUUUUUGAAACCGAUGUUUUUUUUGUUCAGAAAGGCUUGUUUGCUAUAUAAAACGUCGAAAAUCGUUUUUUUUCACGGUCUAUUUUCACGAUCUAUGACAUGGGAAUACAGGGGUUACAAGCCUUUUUACCAUGUUUUAUUGUUCAGAGGGGGGUUUACAAGGGGUUACAAAGGGGUUACAAGGGGUUACAGGGGGUUACAAGGGUUACAAGGGGUGACAGGGGGUGAAAAAGGGGUUUUGGGGGUUGCAAAGGAUUAUAGAAACCUUUUUUUUAACUAGAACGUUCCCAGAUACUUUUUCUUGGUCUAUUUUGCAUAAAAAUCAAAGUUGAAGAAAUCUCUAAUUUUUGAUCAAAACGAUGGACUAACCCCUUUGGAAAAAUUCUAAUUUUGCGUUUUUCGUAAACAGUUGUUUUUAUAGUCUUUAAAGGCUUCUUUUUUAUCCAAAACGUCAGCAAACACUUUUUCUCGAUCUAUUUUUUAUAAAUACAAAAGAUGAAAAAACUUCAACUUUUUGACCAAAAUCAUGGACUGUCCCCUUUGCAAAAAUGCCACUUUUGCCUUCUUUUUAAAUCCAUGUUUAUAUUGUCUAGAAAGGCUUGUUUUCUAACGAGAACGUCACCAAAUACUUUUUCUGGGUGUAUUUUGCAUAAAAGGAAACGUUUACAAAAUUUCAAAUUUUUGACCAAAACCAUGGACUAACCCCUUUGCAAAAAUGCCAAUUUUGUGGGUUUUUGAAACCGAUGUUUUUUUUGUUCAGAAAGGCUUGUUUGCUAUAUAAAACGUCGAAAAUCGUUUUUUCACGGUCUAUUUUCACGAUCUAUGACAUGGGAAUACAGGGGGUUACAAGGGGUUACAGGGGUUAAAGGGGUACAAGGGGUUCCAAGUGGUUAGAGGGGGUUACAAGGGGUUACAAGGGGUGACAAGGGGUGACAAGGGGUUACAGGGGGUUGCAAAGGAUUAUAGAAACCUUUUUUUUAACUAGAACGUUCCCAGAUACUUUUUCUUGGUCUAUUUUGCAUAAAAAUCAAAGUUGAAGAAAUCUCUAAUUUUUGAUCAAAACGAUGGACUAACCCAUUUGGAAAAAUUCUAAUUUUGCGUUUUUCGUAAACAGUUGUUUUUAUAGUCUUUAAAGGCUUCUUUUUUAUCUAAAACGUCAGCAAACACUUUUUCCCGAUCUAUUUUUUGAUAAAUACAAAAGAUGAAAAAAACUUCAACUUUUUGACCAAAAUCAUGGACUGUCCCCUUUGCAAAAAUGCCAAUUUUGCCUUAAAACGAAAGGUUUUUUAAAUCCAUGUUUAUAUUGUCUAGAAAGGCUUGUUUUCUAACGAGAACGUCACCAAAUACUUUUUCUGGGUGUAUUUUGCAUAAAACGAAACGUUCACAAAAUUUCAAAUUUUUUGACCAAAACCAUGGACUAACCCCUUUGCAAAAAUGCCAAUUUUGGGUUUUUGAAACCGAUGUUUUUUUUUGUUCAGAAAGGCUUGUUUGCUAUAUAAAACGUCGAAAAUCGUUUUUUUUUCACGGUCUAUUUUCACGAUCUAUGACAUGGGAAUACAGGGGGUUAAGGGGUUACAGGGGGUUAAGGGGUUACAAGGGGUUACAAGGGGUUACAAGGGGUACAAGGGGAAGGGGUUACAAGGGGUUACAAGGGGUUACAAGGGGUGACAGGGGGUGACAAGGGGUUACAGGGGUUGCAAAGGAUUUAGAUUAAACCUUUUUUUUAACUAGAACGUUCCCAGAUACUUUUUCUUGGUCUAUUUUGCAUAAAAAUCAAAGUUGAAGAAAUCUCUAAUUUUUGAUCAAAACGAUGGACUAACCCCUUUGGAAAAAUUCUAAUUUUGCGUUUUUCGUAAACAGUUGUUUUUAUAGUCUUUAAAAGGCUUUUUUUUAUCUAGAACGUCAGCAAACACUUUUUCUCGAUCUAUUUUUGAUAAAUACAAAAGAUGAAAAAAACUUCAACUUUUUGACCAAAAUCAUGGACUGUCCCCUUUGCAAAAAUGCCAAUUUUGCCUUCUUUUUUAAAUCCAUGUUUAUAUUGUCUAGAAAGGCUUGUUUUCUAACGAGAACGUCACCAAAUACUUUUUCUGGGUGUAUUUUGCAUAAAACGAAACGUUUACAAAAUUUCAAAUUUUUGACCAAAAACCAUGGACCAAAAACCCCUUUGCAAAAAUGCCAAUUUUGUGGGUUUUUGAAACCGAUUUUUUUUUUUUGUUCAGAAAGGCUUGUUUGCUAUAUAAAACGUCGAAAAUCGUUUUUCACGAUUUAUUUUCACGAUCUAUGACAUGGGAAUACAAGGGGUUCCGAGGGGUUACAGGGGGUUACAGGGGGUUACAGGGGGUUAGAAGGGGUUACAGGGGGUUACAAGGGGUUACCAGGGGUUACAGGGGGUUACAAGGGGUUACAAGUAGUGACAGGGGGUUACAAAGGAUUAUAGAAACUUUCUUCUAACUAGUACGUUCCCAGAUACUUUUUCUUGGUCUAUUAUGGAUAAAAAUCAAAGUUGAAGAAAUCUCAAAUUCUUGACCAAAACGAUGGACUAACCUGUUUUGAAAAAUUCUAAUUUUGCGUUUUUCGUAAACAGUUGUUUUUAUAGUCUUUAAAGUCUUCUUUUUUAUCUAGAACGUCAGCAAACACUUUUUCUCGAUCUACUUUUGAUAAACACAAAACAUGAAAAAACUUCAACUUUUUGACCAAAAUCAUGGACUAUCGAUAUCCUCUUUGCAAAAACCCCAAUUUUGCCAUUUUUUUAAAUCCAUGUUUAUAUUGUUUAGAAAGGCUUGUUUUCUAACGAGAACGUCACCAAACACUUUGUCUGGGUGUAUUUUGCAUAAAACGAAACGUUAACAAAAUUUUAAAUUUUUGACCAAAACUAUGGACUAACCCCUUUGGAAAAAUGCCAAUUUUGUGGGUUUUUGAAACCGAUGUUUUUUUUGUUCAGAAAGGCUUGUUUGCUAUAUAAAACGUCGAAAAUCGUUUUUUCACGGUCUAUUUUCACGAUCUAUGACAUGGGAAUACAGGGGGUUACAAGGGGUUACAGGGGGUUACAAGGGGUUACAAGGGGUUACAAGGGGUUACAGGGGGUUACAAAGGGUUACAAGGGGUGACAGGGGGUGACAAGGGGUUACAGGGGGUUGCAAAGGAUUAUAGAAACCUUUCUUUUUAACUAGAACGUUCCCAGAUACUUUUUCUUGGUCUAUUUUGCAUAAAAAUCAAAGUUGAAGAAAUCUCUAAUUUUUGAUCAAAACGAUGGACUAACCCCAUUGGAAAAAUUCUAAUUUUGCGUUUUUCGUAAACAGUUGUUUUUAUAGUCUUUAAAGGCUUCUUUUUUAUCUAGAACGUCAGCAAACACUUUUUCUCGAUCUAUUUUUGAUAACUACAAAAGAUUAAAAAACUUCAACUUUUUGACCAAAAUCAUGGACUAUCCCUUUUGGAAAAAUGCCAAUUUUGCCUUCUUUUUAAAUCCAUGUUUAUAUUGUCUAGAAAGGCUUGUUUUCUAACGAGAACGUCACCAAAUACUUUUUCUGGGUGUAUUUUGCAUAAAACGAAACGUUCAAAAAAUUUUAAAGUUUCAACCAGAACCAUGGACCAUGGACCAAAACCAUGGACCCUUUGCAAAAAUGCCAAUUUUGUGGGUUUUUGAAACCGAUGUUUUUCUUGUUCAGAAAGGCUUGUUUGCUAUCUAAAACGUCGAAAAUCGUUUUUUCACGAUUUAUUUUCACGAUCUAUGACAUGGGGAACAGGGGGUUACAAGGGGUUACAAGGGGUUACAAGGGGUUACAAGGGGUUACAAGGGGUUACAAGGGGUUACAGGGGUUACAGGGGGUUACAAGGGUUACAAAGGGGUGACAGGGGGUGACAAGGGGUUACAGGAGGUUACAAAGGAUUAUAGAAACUUUUUUCUAACUAGAACGUUCCCAGAUACUUUUUCUUGGUCUAUUUUGCAAAAAAAUCAAAGUUGAAGAAAUCUCAAAUUUUUGACCAAAACGAUGGACUAACCGCUUUGGAAAAAUUCUAAUUUUGCGUUUUUCCUACACAGUUGUUUUUAUACUCUUUAAAGGCAUUUUUUUUUUAUUUAGAACGUCAGCAAACACUUUUUUUCGAUCUAUUUUUGAUAAACACAAACGAUGAAAAAACUUCAACUUUUUGACCAAAAUGAUCGACUAUCCGAUCCCCUUUGAAAAAUGCCAAUUUUGCCUUCUGUGUAAAUCCAGGUUUAUAUUGUCUAGAAAGGCUUGUUUUAUAACGAAAACGUCACCAAAUACUUUUUCUGGGUGUAUUUUGCAUAAAACGAAACGUUCAAAAGAUUUCCAAAUUUUGACCAAAACCAUGGACUAACCCCUUUGCAAAAAUGCCAAUUUUGUGGGUUUUUGAAACCGAUGUUUUUGUUGUUCAGAAAGGCUUGUUUGCUAUAUAAAAACGUCGAAAAUCGUUUUUUCAGGAUUUAUUUUCACGAUCUAUGACAUGGGAAUAAAGGGGGUUACAAGGGGUUACAAGGGAUUACAGGGGUUUACAGAGGUUACAAGGGGUUACAAGGGGUUACAAAGGGGUUACAAGGGGUGACAGGGGUGACAAGGGGUUACAGGGGUUACAAAGGAUUAUAGAAACUUGUUUUUUUUUAACUAGAAGGUUCCCAGAUACUUUUUCUUGGUCUAUUUUCCAUAAAAAUCAAAGUUGAAGAAAUCUCUAAUUUUUGAUCAAAACGAUGGACUAACCCCUUUGGAAAAAUUCUAAUUUUGCGUUUUUCGUAAACAGUUGUUUUUAUAGUCUUUAAAGGCUUUUUUUUUAUCUAGAACGUCAGCAAACACUUUUUCUCGAUCUAUUUUUGAUAAAUACAAAAGAUGAAAAAAACUUCAACUUUUUGACCAAAAUCAUGGACUAUCCCCUUUGCAAAAAUGCCAAUUUUGCCUUUUUUUAAAUCCAUGUUUAUAUUGUCUAUAAAGGCUUGUUUUCUAACCAGAACGUCACCAAAUACUUUUUCUGGGUGUAUUUUGCAUAAAACGAAACGUUCACAAAAUUUCAAAUUUUUGACCAAAACCAUGGCCCAUGGACCAAAACCAUGGACCCUUUGCAAAAAUGCCAAUUUUGUGGGUUUUUGAAACCGAUGUUUUUUUUUGUUCAGAAAGGCUUGUUUGCUAUAUAAAACGUCGAAAAUCGUUUUUUCACGAUUUAUUUUCACGAUCUAUGACAUGGGAAUAAAGGGGUUACAAGGGGUUACAGGGGGUUACAAGGGGUUACAGGGGUUACAAAGGGGUUACAAGGGGUUACAAGGGGUUACAAAAGGGGGUUACAAGGGGUUACAAGGGGUGACAAGGGGUUGACAAAGGAUUAUAGAAACUUUUUUUUAACUAGAACGUUCCCAGAUACUUUUUCUUGGUCUAUUUUGCAUAAAAACCAAAGUUGAAUAAGUCUCUAAUUUUUGAUCAAAACGAUGGACUAACCGCUUUGGAAAAAUUUUAAUUUUGCGUUUUUCGUAAACAGUUCUUUUUAUAGUAUUUAAAGGCUUCUUUUUUUUUAUCUAGAACGUCUGCAAACACUUUUUCUCGAUCUAUUUUUGAUAAAUACAAAAGAUGAAAAAACUUCAACUUUUUGACCAAAAUCAUGGACUGUCCCCUUUGCAAAAAUGCCAAUUUUGGUCUUCCUUUUAAAUCCAUGUUUAUAUUGUCUAGAAAGGCUUGCUUUCUAACGAGAACGUCACCAAAUAGUUUCUCUGGGUGUAUUUUGCAUAAAACGAAACGUUUACAAAAUUUCAAAUUUUUUGACCAAAACCAUGGACUAACCCCUUUGCAAAAAUGCCAAUUUUGUGGGUUUUUGAAACCGAUGUUUUUUUUGUUCAGAAAGGCUUGUUUGCUAUAUAAAACGUCGAAAAUCGUUUUUUCACGGUCUAUUUUCACGAUCUAUGACAUGGGAAUACAGGGGGUUACAAGGGGUUACAGGGGGUUACAAGGGGUUACAAGGGGUUACAAGGGGUUACAGGGGUUACAGGGGGUUACAAGGGGUUACAAGGGUGACAGGGGUGACAAGGGGUGACAAGGGGUUACAGGGGGUUACAAAGGAUUAUAGAAACUUUUUUUUUAACUAGAAGGUUCCCAGAUACUUUUUCUUGGUCUAUUUUGCAUAAAAAUCAAAGUUGAAGAAAUCUCUAAUUUUUGAUCAAAACGAUGGACUAACCCUUUUUGACCAAAAAAAAUUCUAAUUUUGCGUUUUUCGUAAACAGUUGUUUUUAUAGUCUUUAAAGGCUUUCUUUUUUUUAUCUAGAACGUCAGCAAACACUUUUUUCUCGAUCUAUUUUUGAUAAAUACAAAAGAUGAAAAACUUCAACUUUUUGACCAAAAUCAUGGACUAUCCCUUUGCAAAAAUGCCAAUUUUGCCUUCUUUUUUAAAUCCAUGUUUAUAUUGUCUAGAAAGGCUUGUUUUCUAACGAGAACGUCACCAAAUACUUUUUCUGGGUGUAUUUUGCAUAAAACGAAACGUUCACAAAAUUUUAAAUUUUUUUGACCAAAACCAUGGACUAACAUGGACCCCUUUGCAAAAAUGCCAAUUUUGUGGGUUUUUGAAACCGAUGUUUUUUUUUUGUUCAGAAAGGAUUGUUUGCUAUAUAAAACGUCGAAAAUCGUUUUUUCACGAUUUAUUUUCACGAUCUAUGACAUGGGAAUACAGGGAAUACAAGGGGUUACAGGGGGUUACAAAGGGGUUACAAGGGGUUACAAGGGGUUACAAGGGGUUAAGGGGUUACAAGGGGUUACAAGGGGUGACAGGGGGUGAAAAGGGGUGGGGGUUACAGGGGUUACAAAGGAUUAUAGAAACUUUUUCUAACUAGAAGGUUCCCAGAUACUUUUUCUUGGUCUAUUUUGCAUAAAAAUCAAAGUUGAAGAAAUCUCUAAUUUUUAAUCAAAACGAUGGACUAACCCCUUUGGAAAAAUUCUAAUUUUGCGUUUUUCGUAAACAGUUGUUUUUAUAGUCUUUAAUGGGUUGUUUUUUUUAUCUAGAACGUCAGCAAACACUUUUUCUCGAUCUAUUUUUGAUAAAUACAAAAAAGAUGAAAAAACUUCAACUUUUUGACCAAAAUCAUGGACUAUCAACUUUGCAAAAAUGCCAAUUUUGCCUUUUUUUAAAUCCAUGUUUAUAUUGUCUAGAAAGGCUUGUUUACUAACAAGAACGUCACCAAAUACUUUUUCUGGGUGUAUUUUGCAUAAAACGAAACGUUCAAAAAAUUUCAAAGUUUUGACCAAAACCAUGGACCAUGGACCAAAACCAUGGACCCUUUGCAAAAAUGCCAAUUUUGUGGGUUUUUGAAACCGAUGUUUUUUUUUGUUCAGAAAGGCUUGUUUGCUAUCUAAAACGUCGAAAAUCGUUUUUUUUCACGAUUUAUUUUCACGAUCUAUGACAUGGGAAUACGGGGAAUACAAGGGGUUACAGGGGUUACAAGGGGGUUACAAGGGUUACAAGGGGUUACAAGGGGUUACAAGGGGUUACAAGGGGUUACAAGGGGUGACAGGGGUGACAACAAGGGGUUACAGGGGUUACAAAGAAUUAUAGAAACUUUUUUCUAACUAGAAGGUUCCCAGAUACUUUUUCUUGGUCUAUUUUGCAUAAAAAUCAAAGUUGAAGAAAUCUCUCAUUUUUGAUCAAAACGAUGGAAUAACCCCUUUGGAAAAAUUCUAAUUUUGCGUUUUUCGUAAACAGUUGUUUUUAUAGUCUUUAAAGGCUUCUUUUUUAUCUAGAACGCCAGGAAACACUUUUUCUCGAUCUAUUUUUGAUAAAUACAAAAGAUGAAAAAAAGUUCAACUUUUUGACCAAAAUCAUGGACUAUCAACUUGCAAAAAUGGCCAUUUUGCCUUCUUUUUAAAUCCAUGUUUAUAUUGUCUAGAAAGGCUUGUUUACUAACAAGAACGUCACCAAAUACCUUUUCUGGGUGUAUUUUGCAUAAAACGAAACGUUCAAAACAUUUCAAAGUUUCGACCAAAACCAUGGACCAUGGACCAAAACCAUGGACCCUUUGCAAAAAUGCCAAUUUUGUGGGUUUUUGAAACCGAUGUUUUUCUUGUUCAGAAAGGCUUGUUUGCUAUCUAAAACGUCGAAAAUCGUUUUUUCACGAUUUAUAUUUACGAUCUAUGACAUGGGAAUACCAGGGGGAUACAAAGGUUUAAAGGGGGUUACAAGGGGUUACAAGGGGUUACAAGGGGUUACAGAGGGUUACAAGGGGUUACAAGGGGUGACAGGUGCUGACAAGGGGUUACAGGGGGUUACAAAGGAUUAUAGAAACUUUUUUCUAACUAGAAGGUUCCCAGAUACUUUUUCUUGGUCUAUUUUGCAUAAAAAUCAAAGUUGAAGAAGUCUCUAAUUUUUAAUCAAAACGAUGGACUAACCCCUUUGGAAAAAUUCUAAUUUUGCGUUUUUCGUAAACAGUUGUUUUUAUAGUCUUUAAUGGCUUCUUUUUUAUCUAGAACGUCAGCAAACACUUUUUCUCGAUCUAUUUUUGAUAAAUACAAAAGAUGAAAAAACUUCAACUUUUUACCAAAAUCAUGGACUAUCAACUUUGCAAAAAUGCCAAUUUUGCCUUGUUUUUAAAUCCAUGUUUAUAUUGUCUAUAAAGGCUUGUUUACUAACAAGAACGUCACCAAAUACUUUUUCUGGGUGUAUUUUGCAUAAAACGAAACGUUCAGAAAAUUUCAAAGUUUCGACCAAAACCAUGGACCAUGGACCAAAACCAUGGACCCUUUGCAAAAAUGCCAAUUUUGUGGGUUUUUGAAACCGAUGUUUUUCUUGUUCAGAAAGGCUUGUUUGCUGUAUAAAACGUCCAAAAUCGUUUUUUUACGAUUUAUUUUCACGAUCUAUGACAUGGGAAUACGGGGGGAUACAAGGGGUUACAGGGGGUUACAAGGGGUUACAAGGGGUUACAAGGGGUUACAGGGGGUUACAAGGGGUUACAAGGGGUGACAGGGGGUGACAAGGGGUUACAGGGGGUUACAAAGGAUUAUACAAACUUUUUUCUAACUAGAAGGUUCCCAGAUACUUUUUCUUGGUCUAUUUUCCAUAAAAAUCAAAGUUGAAGAAAUCUCUCAUUUUUGAUCAAAACGAUGGACUAACCCCUUUGGAAAAAUUCUAAUUUUGCGUUUUUCGUAAACAGUUGUUUUUAUAGUCUUUAAAGGCUUCUUUUUUAUCUAGAACGUCAGCAAACACUUUUUCUCGAUCUAUUUUUGAUAAAUACAAAAGAUGAAAAAACUUCAACUUUUAGACCAAAAUCAUGGACUAUCCCGUUUGAAAAAAUGCCAAUUUUGCCUUCUUUUUAAAUCCAUGUUUAUAUUGUCUAGAAAGGCUUGUUUACUAAGAAGAACAUCACCAAAUACUUUUUCUGGGUGUAUUUUGCAUAAAACGAAACGUUCAAAAAAUUUCAAAGUUUCAACCACAACCAUGGACCAUGGACCAAAACCAUGGACCCUUUGCAAAAAUGCCAAUUUUGUGGGUUUUUGAAACCGAUGUUUUUCUUGUUCAGAAAGGCUUGUUUGCUAUCUAAAACGUCGAAAAUCGUUUUUUCACGAUUUAUUUUCACGAUCUAUGACAUGGGAAUACGGGGGGAUACAAGGGGUUACAGGGGGUUACAAGGGGUUACAAGAGGUUACAAGGGGUUACAAGGGGUUACAGGGGGUUACAAGGGGUUACAAGGGGUGACAGGGGGUGAGAAGGGGUUACAGGGGGUUACAAAGGAUUAUACAAACUUUUUUCUAACUAGAAGGUUCCCAGAUACUUUUUCUUUGUCUAUUUUGCAUAAAAAUCAAAGUUGAAGAAGUCUCUAAUUUUUAAUCAAAACGAUGGACUAACCCCUUUGGAAAAAUUCUAAUUUUGCGUUUUUCGUAAACAGUUGUUUUUAUAGUCUUUAAAGGCUUCUUUUUUAUCUAGAACGUCAGCAAACACUUUUUCUCGAUCUAUUUUUGAUAAAUACAAAAGAUUAAAAAACUUCAACUUUUUGACCAAAAUCAUGGACUAUCCCGUUUGCAAAAAUGCCAAUUUUGCCUUCUUUUUAAAUCCAUGUUUAUAUUGUCUAGAAAGGCUUGUUUACUAACAAGAACGUCACCAAAUACUUUUUCUGGGUGUAUUUUGCAUAAAACGAAACGUUCAAAACAUUUCAAAGUUUCGACCAAAACCAUGGACCAUGGACCAAAACCAUGGACCCUUUGCAAAAAUGCCAAUUUUGUGGGUUUUUGAAACCGAUGUUUUUCUUGUUCAGAAAGGCUUGUUUGCUGUAUAAAACGUCGAAAAUCGUUUUUUUACGAUUUAUUUUCACGAUCUAUGACAUGGGAAUACGGGGGGAUACAAGGGGUUACAGGGGGUUACAAGGGGUUACAAGAGGUUACAAGGGGUUACAAGGGGUUACAGGGGGUUACAAGGGGUUACAAGGGGUGACAGGGGGUGACAAGGGGUUACAGGGGGUUACAAAGGAUUAUACAAACUUUUUUCUAACUAGAAGGUUCCCAGAUACUUUUUCUUGGUCUAUUUUGCAUAAAAAUCAAAGUUGAAGAAGUCUCUAAUUUUUAAUCAAAACGAUGGACUAACCCCUUUGGAAAAAUUCUAAUUUUGCGUUUUUCGUAAACAGUUGUUUUUAUAGUCUUUAAAGGCUUCUUUUUUAUCUAGAACGUCAGCAAACACUUUUUCUCGAUCUAUUUUUGAUAAAUACAAAAGAUUAAAAAACUUCAACUUUUAGACCAAAAUCAUGGACUAUCCCGUUUGCAAAAAUGCCAAUUUUGCCUUCUUUUUAAAUCCAUGUUUAUAUUGUCUAGAAAGGCUUGUUUACUAACAAGAACGUCACCAAAUACUUUUUCUGGGUGUAUUUUGCAUAAAACGAAACGUUCACAAAAUUUCAAAGUUUCGACCAAAACCAUGGACCAUGGACCAAAACCAUGGACCCUUUGCAAAAAUGCCAAUUUUGUGGGUUUUUGAAACCGAUGUUUUUCUUGUUCAGAAAGGCUUGUUUGCUAUCUAAAACGUCGAAAAUCGUUUUUUCACGAUUUAUUUUCACGAUCUAUGACAUGGGAAUACGGGGGGAUACAAGGGGUUACAGGGGGUUACAAGGGAGGUUACAAGGGGUUACAAGGGGUUACAGGGGGUUACAAGGGGUUACAAGGGGUGACAGGGGGUGACAAGGGGUUACAGGGGGUUACAAAGGAUUAUACAAACUUUUUUCUAACUAGAAGGUUCCCAGAUACUUUUUCUUGGUCUAUUUUGCAUAAAAAUCAAAGUUGAAGAAGUCUCUAAUUUUUAAUCAAAACGAUGGACUAACCCCUUUGGAAAAAUUCUAAUUUUGCGUUUUUGGUAAACAGUUGUUUUUAUAGUCUUUAAAGGCUUCUUUUUUAUCUAGAACGUCAGCAAACACUUUUUCUCGAUCUAUUUUUGAUAAAUACAAAAGAUUAAAAAACUUCAACUUUUAGACCAAAAUCAUGGACUAUCCCGUUUGAAAAAAUGCCAAUUUUGCCUUCUUUUUAAAUCCAUGUUUAUAUUGUCUAGAAAGGCUUGUUUACUAAGAAGAACAUCACCAAAUACUUUUUCUGGGUGUAUUUUGCAUAAAACGAAACGUUCAAAAAAUUUCAAAGUUUCAACCACAACCAUGGACCAUGGACCAAAACCAUGGACCCUUUGCAAAAAUGCCAAUUUUGUGGGUUUUUGAAACCGAUGUUUUUCUUGUUCAGAAAGGCUUGUUUGCUAUAUAAAACGUCGAAAAUCGUUUUUUCACGAUUUAUUUUUACGAUCUAUGACAUGGGAAUACCGGGGGAUACAAGGGGUUACAGGGGGUUACAAGGGGUUACAAGGGGUUACAGGGGGUUAAGAGGUUACAAGGGGUGACAGGGGGUGACAAAGGAUUAUAGAAACUUUUUUCUAAGUAGAACGUUCCCAGAUACUUUUUCUUGGUCUAUUUUGCAUAAAAAUCAAAGUUGAAGAAGUCUCUAAUUUUUGAUCAAAACGAUGGACUAACCCCUUUGGAAAAAUUCUAAUUUUGCGUUUUUCGUAAACAGUUGUUUUUAUAGUCUUUAAAGGCUUCUUUUUUAUCUAGAACGUCAGCAAACACUUUUUCUGGAUCUAUUUUUGAUAAAUACAAACGAUGAAAAAACUUCAACUUUUUGACCAAAAUCAUGGACUAUCCCCUUUGCAAAAAUGCCAAUUGUGCCUUCUUUUUAAAUCCAUAUUUAUAUUGUCUAGAAAGGCUUGUCUUCUAACGAGAACGUCACCAAAUACUUUUUCUGGGUGUAUUUUGCAUAAAACGAAACGUUCACAAAAUUUCAAAUUUUUUCCCCAAAACCAUGGACUAAUCCCUUUGAAAAAAUGCCAACUUUGUGGGUUUUUGAAACCGAUGUUUUUGUUCUUCACAAAGGCUUGUUUCCUAUAUAAAACGUCGAAAAUCGUUUUUUCACGAUUUAUUUUCACGAUCUAUGACAACGGAAUACAGGGGGUUACAAGGGGUUACAGGGGGUUACAAGAGGUUACAAGGGAUUAGAAGGGGUUACAGGGGGUUACAAGGAGUUACAAGGGGUGACAGGGGGUGACAAGGGGUUACAGAGGGUUACAAAGGAUUAUAGAAACUUUUUUCUAACUGGAACGUUCCCAGAUACUUUUUUUUGGUCUAUUUUGCAUAAAAAUCAAAGUUGAAGAAAUCUCUAAUUUUUCAUCAAAACGAUGGACUAACUCCUUUGGAAAAAUUCUAAUUUUGGGUUUUUGUAAGCAGUUGUUUUUAUAGACUUUAAAGGCUUCUUUUUUAUCUAGAACGUCAGCAAACACUUUUUCUCGAUCUAUUUUUGAUAAAUACAAAAGAUGAAAAAACUUCAACUUUUUGACCAAAAUCAUGGACUAUCAACUUUUCAAAAAUGCCAAUUUUGCCUUCUUUUUAAAUCCAUGUUUAUAUUGUCUAGAAAGGCUUGUUUUCUAACGAGAACGUCACCAAAUACUUUUUCUGGGUGUAUUUUGCAUAAAACGAAACGUUUUCAAAAUUUGAAAUUUUUUGCCCAAAACCAUGGACUAGCCACUUUGCAAAAAUGCCAAUUUUGUGGGAUUUGAAACCGAUGUUUUUGUUGUUCAGAAAGGCUUGUUUGCUAUAUAAAACGUCGAAAAUCGUUUUUUCACGAUUUAUUUUCACGAUCUAUGACAUGGGAAUACAGGGGGUUACAAGGGGUUACAGGGGGUUACAAGUGGUAACAAGGGGUUACAGGGGGUUACAAGGGGUUACAAGAGGUGACAGGGGGUGACAAGGGGUUACAGGAGGUUACAAAGGAUUAUAGAAACUUUUUUCUAACUAGAACGUUCCCAGAUACUUUUUCUUGGUCUAUUUUGCAUAAAAAUCAAAGUCGAAGAAAUCUCUAAUUUUUGAUCAAAACGAUGGACUAACCCCUUAGGAAAAAUUCUAAUUUUGCGUUUUUCGUAAACAGUUGUUUUUAUAGUCUUUAAAGGCUUCUUUUUUAUCUAGAACGUCGGCAAAACCAUUUUCUCGAUCUAUUUUUGAUAAAUACAAAAGAUGAAAAAACUUCAACUUUUUGACCAAAGUCAUGGACUAUCCCCUUUGCAAAAAUGCCAAUUUUGCCUUCUUUUUAAAUCCAUGUUUAUAUUGUCUAGAAAGGCUUGUCUUCUAACGAGAACGUCACCAAAUACUUUUUCUGGGUGUAAUUUGCAUAAAACGAAACGUUCAUAAAACUUCAACUUUUUGACCAAAAUCAUGGACUAUCCCCUUUGCAAAAGUGCCAAUUUUGCCUUCGUUUUAAAUCCAUGUUUAUAUUGUCUAGAAAGGCUUCUUUUCUAACGAGAAGGUCACCAAAUACUUUUUCUGGGUCUAUUUUGCAUAAAACGAAACGUUCACAAAAUUUCAAAUUUUUUGCCCAAAACCAUGGACUAACCCCUUUGCAAAAAUGCCAAUUUUGUGGGUUUUUUAAGCCGAAGUUUUUCUUGUUUAGAAACGCUUGUCUGCUAUAUAAAACGUCGAAAAUCGUUUUUUCACGAUUUAUUUUCACGAUGUAUGAUAUGGGAAUACAGGAGGUUACAAGGGGUUACAGGGGGUUACAAAGGAGUAUAGAAACUUUUUUCUAACUAGAACGUUCCCAGAUACUUUUUCUUGGUCUAUUUUGCGUAAAAAUCAAAGUUGAAGAAAUCUCUAAUUUUUGAUCAAAACGAUGGACUAUGGACCAAAAUCAUGGACCCUUUGCAAAAAUUUCAAUUUUGUGGGUUUUUGAAACCGAUGUUUUUGUUGUUCAGAAAGGCUUGUUUGGUAUAUAAAACGUCGAAAAUAGUUUUUUCGCAAUUUAUUUUCACGAUCUAUGACAUGGGAAUACAGGGGGUUACAAGGGGUUAAAGGAGUUACAAGGGGUGACAGGGGGUGACAAGGGGUUACAGGGGGUUACAAAGGAGUAUCGAAACUUUUUUCUAACUAGAACGUUCCCUGAUACUUUUUCUUGGUCUAUUUUGCAUAAAAAUCAAAGUUGAAGAAAUCUCUAAUUUUUUAUCAAAACGAUAGACUAACCCCUUUGGAAAAAUUCUAAUUUUGCUUUUUUCGUAAACAAUAGUUAUUAUAGUCUUUAAAGGCUUCUUUUUUAUCUUGAACGUCAGCAAACACUUUUUCUGGAUCUAUUUUUGAUAAAUACAAAAGAUGAAAAAACUUCAACUUUUUGACCAAAAUCAUGGACUAUCCCCUUUGCAAAAAUGCCAAUUUUGCCUUUUUUUUAAAUGCAUGUUUAUAUUGUCUAGAAAGGCUUGUUUUCUAACAAGAACGUCACCAAAUACUUUUUCUGGGUGUAUUUUGCAUAAAACGAAACGUUCACAAAAUUUCAAAGGUUUGACCUAAACCAUGGACCAUGGACGAAAAUCAUGGACCCUUUGCAAAAAUGCCAAUUUUGUGGGUUUUUGAAACCGAUGUUUUUGUUGUUCAGAAAUGGUUGUUUGCUAUAUGAAACGUCGAAAAUCGUUUUUUCACGAUUUAUUUUCACGAUCUAUGACAUAGGAAUACAGGGGGAUACAAGAGGUUACAGGGGGUUACAAGGGGUUACAGGGGGUUACAAGGGGUUACAAGGGGUGACAGGGGGUGACAAAGGAUUAUAGAUACUUUUUUCAAAGUAGAACGUUUCCAGAUACUUUUUCUUGGUCUAUUUUGCAUAAAAUUCAAAGUUGAAGAAAUCUCUAAUUUUUCAUCAAAACGAUGGACUAACUCCUUUGGAAAAAUUCUAAUUUUGCGUUUUUCGUAAACUGUUGUUUUUGUAGUCUUUAAAGGCUUCUUUUUUAUCUAGAACGUCAGCAAACACUUUUUCUCGAUCUAUUUUUGAUAAAUACAAAAGAUGAAAAAACUUCAACUUUUUGACCAAAAUCAUGGAGUAUCCCCUUUGCAAAAAUGCCAAUUUUGCCUUGUUUUUAAAUCCAUGUUUAUAUUGUCUAGAAAGGCUUGUUUUCUAACGAGAACGUCACCAAAUACUUUUUCUGGGUGUAUUUUGUAUAAAACGAAACGUUCACAAAAUUUCAAAUUUUUUGCCGAAAACCAUGGACUAAUUCCUUUGCAAAAAUGCCAAUUUUGUGGGUUUUUGAAACCGAUGUUUUUGUUGUUGAGAAAGGCUUGUUUGCUAUAUAAAACGUCGAAAAUCGUUUUUUCACGUUUUAUUUUCACGAUCUAUGACAUGGGAAUACAGGGGGUUACAAGGGGUUACCUGGGGUUACAAGAGUUUACAAGGGGUUACAAGGGAUUACAGGGUGUUACAAGGGGUUACAAGGGGUGACAGGGGGUGACAAGGGGUUA